AUGUCGGAUUAUCCUUAUUAUGGCGCGGCGUAUGGUAGUCGUGACCAGGCGAACAACCCAUCGUACCCUGCCUAUCCCACACAGGCCCCGUAUUAUCAGCAAGAUGUCGGUCGCGCAGGCCAGCAUGCGAUGACGCAGGGGUAUGACAAUACAAUGGGAUAUGGAUAUAAUCAACAACUUCCAGACUACAGCGCGCCCGCUAUGCAGAAUAAUAUACCUCAAGUCGCGAUCUUCCAGGGCUGGAAUCAAGAAAAUUCAUCCAUGUCUCAGUAUAAUGCGGCGCCGCAGGGCAUGCAUUCUUAUGCUGGGUACAAUCAUCAAAACUAUGCUCAAAAUUCGCAGUACUAUGCACCGGUGGCUGCCCCGCAGCCAACUUUUCAUUCUCAAACGCCCGUAUAUGGUAACAUUGAAAACCGCGAAAUGAGCGAAGGAGAAUAUGAUGAUACUUCUGCCCGUAUACAUCCAGCACCCCCGAAUACUUCCGCUGGAGCACCAGGUACGAGCCUUUAUCGUGGAAAUGAUGGAAAUGGCUAUCACGAUACUGCCCAUCGCGCUGUCUAUCCAACGAGCCGAGAUCCUACUCCUAAACAGCCGCCAACCCUUCGUAAUGCCGACUACUAUACUCAACGUCAAAUUUCAAACUCGUACUCUCCUUUCGUAGCGCAAAGUGCGCCCACGAUUGAGAAAGCCAAGAAUACUCAGAAUAAAGGCACAGGCGCAAGCAAGGAAGUAUCAACCAACAAGAAAGCAAGCGCGCAGAAAAAAGAUAAGACACAUUCACCGGUAGAAGACCGUGGUAAUGCUCCAUCUAAACCUAGCCAGGAAAGUGUUCCAUCUUCUUCCAAAGGUGCGGCAUCAGGUACUGUUCAAAAUUCCCACCCUUCCCAAGCCAGUGUCCAUAAUGAUACCGUUACUUUUAAAACUGUUGCCGAGGCUCGUAAGAAAGCUGAAGGCGCGAUCCUGAACCUUUGGUCGUAUGAUGUCCGUUUUCCAGCUUAUCUCGAAGAAGGCGUUGAUGAAAGACUCGUGGGAGAAUUGUUCGAUGAGCUUAGGUUGUCGAAAACUGCAUCGAAGACGGUUAGUGCAGCUUCUGCACAAAGCCCCUCCACUAGUAUUUCCUCUGCACCUACAGCAGCUGUUCCUGCCCCAAGUGGUCAGUCGAAUGGGCAGGCCUCUGCACAAAACUCCAAUGCAGACAAGGUUAAGCAAGCUGUGACGAAUGGAGCAGUAUCUGCUCCUUCUGCAACGGCUCAACCGCCGAAAAGUGCAGCUGCUGUUGAGAAAGAAAAAACAAUGCAAGCCAAGAUGGACGCACUCAGAAAAUCGAGAGCCGAGCGAGCUCAGAAGAACGCAGCGAAGUCUGUCACAACCCCCACUACCAACCUCCCUAAUCUACCUUCCCAAGUCAAACCGGCCGUAAUUCCUGGACUGCCUACUUCAGUUUCAACGCCUACAUCGUCCACGGAAAAAGUUAUUGAAAAUAAUAAGGUUGGUAUUACGGACACUAGUAGCUCAAUUCAAGUUCCAUCCUUGACAGUCGCGACACAAUUUCCCAACUCCAAUGCACCACCAUCAACAAUUCUUCAGGCCCCUCAAAAGAUUCCAGGUCUAUUCUUGGCUUCUUCUGCGCCCACCCCACCAUCCUUACAACAACCCAUCAUGCCAAUCCCCUCUUCUAAUGGACAGCGCAAACGCCCCGUGGCAGCUGACUUUGAUGGACCCUCUAUAUCGGCCACGCCAUUUAAGCGACCAUUUGGUCAGAGUCGUAGCGAGCAGAAACCUUUCGUUCUUUGUGUCAGCGAAGAUGAGGAUGAGUCUGAUGAAGAUGUGGAAAUGGAGUUGGAAUCUCAGGCCGAUGCCGAUUCACCUGUUCAACCCGCUCGAAAGCUAUCUGAACAAAAAGCACUCCCUACUGCGUCCUCCUUCCUUCCACCAAAACCGUUUACACCCCCUCCUAUAUCGUCAGCGAGCACCUUACCCACAUUGCAAUCUUCUAUCAAGCCACAUCCCGAGGAUCUCCGACGCAAGGAAAGCGAAAUUGAGCAGUUAAAGAGAAAGAUUGCUGAAGCCGAAAUGAGAAAGGCAAACAAGAGAAGUAGUAGUGGGGCGCAAACUCCAGUUAACAACAUCACAGCCAGUAGCAGUAAUACUGGUAUUGUGGCCAAUAAAGCCGAUUCAUCGCUCGUAAUGCAGAAGAUAACCGACGUUUCUAAUAAGACAAAGUCUGACCAACAGCUAGCUGCAGUUCAAGCGGCUGAGCUUCAAAAAGCGGCCGAUGUGCGAAAAGCUGAGGCCGAAACCAAACGACUUCGACGUGAAAGAAUUGCGAGCGCCAUUCCCCGUGUUGAUGCCGAGACUUUACAGAACCAAUUGAAACUCGAGGCACUUCGUGCUGAAACUGCGCGAAUAGAAGCUGCAAUGCAGAAGAAUCUCCAGGACAAGCAAAAGCUGGUGGAAGAAAUGGAAAGGUUGGGUCAAGAAACAGACCAGCAGUUGCAGGAGCAAAAGGAAAAGUUGGAGAGCCUUACUCGUGAAGAGACCAAGGAUAAUUCAGCUCUGCCACCACAUUCAGCUUCUGCUCAACCAGACCGUGAGCCAGAACCGCCAACUUUCACCGAGUCUGAGCCAAAAUCAGCGUCAGUUCCCAUGGAACUCGAUGACCAAGUCGAUGACGCCCGUGUCGCAGUACAACAACAAUCUGAAGAACCAAACAGUACUGAUGUUGAUGCUGCCUCUUCGAUUCCUGUGGUUCCCACCCAAGUUGAUAACGACAAAGAAACAGCACAGGAGAUUAUCGAAGAGCGUUCUUCCGAGAUCAAGGAAUCAUCCAAAACCAACCAAGACCUUGAGGCAGCACUUCAAGAGGCUGUGCGUGCGGACGCAGACUUUGUUAGCCCCAGUGAUACGGAAAUGGAGGACGGCAAUGCUAAUCCGGUACAUGUUGCCGAAACAAAGGCUACACUCGAGGAGCAGAAAGCAAGCUCCGAUUAUUCGCCGGUCCUAGAACGUUCUCAGCUACUUGGAGCUUCCUCAAAUGCCGACCCUCCUGAAAUGGUAGAGAUUUCGGAGAUGGCUGAUAUCGAAUCGGAUAACUAUGAGCCGCCAGAAGCCACGCCGCCUGCAGAUGAGACUUUGUCGGUAGAAUCCUCUCCAUUCAGUCCCGCUCCACCAGAUUCAGUCAUCGACGAAGCGGAAGGUAUUGAUUUAGCGGAGAUGUCAAAUGAACAACGCCUGCCAGCAGAAAAUGGUACCGAACCAGCUUCCAUCAACUCUCAUGACGUCCUCCUUCAGAAACUGGGCUCACCAGACGAGUUUGGAGGAGAGCAGCGAAAUAAGUUUAUUGAAGGUUUGAAAGCAGUGCUUUCAGGCCUGCGAGCAAGAAAGAUCAAUGACUUUGACACUCUUGCCUCCGAAAUUGUUGCACAUCGUGCCAAAUUCUUGGGCGAUUCAUCUAAGGUACUCAGCCUCGAAGGCACGACGAUCUAA